AUGACGGACAAACCUGACGCCAACCCAGAAACUACUCGAGACGUUACCAUCCACUUCUCACGGUUUACUCCCUCCUACUGGCUCACGUCUUGGUUUCCAAUCGGCUCAGUCCAAGUCCCUUCUAAGCCCUUACUAGAGUGCCCCAUCAACGUCACAGAUCCAUCGAGCUACCUCGAUGCCGUCAAAGUCCAGUUCCAUGGUCAACCAGAUGUCUAUAAUCACUUCCUCGAUAUGGUGAAGGACUUUAAGAGCGGUUUGUACGUUCCCAUUUUCAUCUUAUUGCGAUUUUCAUAA